GGAAGGCACAGGGAAUUACCUUUUAGACUGGGGAGUAGCAAGAUCUCCGGGACCAGGCAUAAGAUGGCUACAAAUGUUAGUCUGGACCCGAAUAACCCUGAUGACAAGUUCAGUCGCUAUGACAUUUUGUCCUGGAUCAACGAAACCCUGCACACUAACUUUACUCAAGUGGAGCAAUGUCGGUCAGGUGCAUGUUUUUGCCAGCUAAUAGACUUGCUCUUCCCAGGGUCCAUUGACAUGAGCAAAGUAAAGUUUGAGUCCCAAAAGAGUUCGGAUUUCAUGCAGAACUACAGUCUUCUGCAGACAGCUUUCCAUAAAUUAGGCAUAACAGAGUCAGUCCCUGUGAACGAGCUUCUUACAGGAAAGUUUAGACCCAAUUUCACUUUUAUGAAGUGGUUCAAGAAAUUUUUCUGUGCCAAUGAGAAUCAAGGGAGGGAGUACGACCCAGUUGAAGCUCGUAAUGGUCAGGAUAUUGUACAUGUAGAUGACGCUGUUAAGUCUCCAAAGUCUUGGAAAAGUCUGCAUGAAUCUGCCAGAGUAAGGGACGAGUCUGACAGAGACACUGAUUUUAAUGGAAGGAGAAGACCUGUGACCUAUGAUCCUAAAUGGCAAAGAACCUUUAAAUGGAUCAAAGCCAGUCAUCUGGGAGACAAUUGCGCUUACUGCACUUUGUGUGACCAUAACGUUGUCCUACACGCAGGUUUUUACGAUCUGAAGCGACACAAGCUGACUCAAAAGCAUAUGAAAUUUGAGGGAGAAUUAAAUUCAUCUGGAAAAAAGCAGAUUGAAGUCACCAUUCCCUGUAGUGAAACCAUGCUGCUUUUCAUUCAAACCCAUUGCCUAUCCAUUUUACCCUCAAGGAUCAACAAGGCCUCCCAACGUACUGCAAAAUACAUCCUCGGACUAGAGUAUCCACAGGACAUUGUUUCUGCUUGUAAGCUGAACCCUUUCUGUAUCUACAUAUAUGGGCAGGUGCCACUUGAUGUUGAGAGCGGAGACAGGACCUCCUGCCAUGUAGUGCUCGUGGGGUUUUUUGAGGAAAAUCAAGCGAGGUACUGUAUCCGUCUCCUUGACGUCUUUCAGGCUGACGACUCCGUUUCUGGAUGUUUAGUCGAUGUCCUCCAAAAGUUUGAACUUCCUGCUAGCAACAUGGUAGCUUUCUAUGUCGAUGAUCAGGAACAGACCUCAGAAAGUGUCGUGUUGCAAAUUCAGAAACUCAACCCACAGGUGAUUGAUCUUGGUGGACUUUACGGCAUACCUGACUCUGCGUACAAUGCUGGCCUAAAGGCUUACACCAGUCAGGUUCAUGAACUUAUUGUCAACAUCUACACGCACUUCUCCACUUGUUCCACCAGCAAUGACAACCUCAAGAUGCUGUUUGCAGGCAUUAAUGGAGUAAAAGACAACUGCACACCCCUGUCACACAGUUGUGAGGAGUUUUGUGUGCUCGUUCAAAGGAUUCUUGGAAUGUGGAGUGAUUUGGUAUCAUACUUUACCUCUUGUGAUGAAAAUAAGGAUGAAGCUAAGCAUAUUUGUUCGCAGUUGGAGAGCCCUAAAAUUAGGGUCACCUUGAUGUUUCUGGAUCACGCUCUUGGUUCACUCCGUGCCUUCGGGCAGCACGUGCAACAAAGCAAAGGCUCUGUUCGUGCUGACCUUGCCCAGAUCCUUCGAGAAGCAAGUGGGCUCCUACGUUCAUAUGCCUCCAGCUUUCUCCGCCCUCAAGCGGUCAUGCGCUACCUGAAGGAACGAGACCCAUCCAUCCUGGAGAACUCAACAUUCUGUCUUCCUGCUACUGAGCUCAGUCUGGGUGGGGUGGUAGAAGACUUCAUCUCUACCAGAGAAGAGGAACUGGCAGAUUCCCUGAAUGCAUUUCAUGACGAGUCUUUAAAGUUUUACAAAACUCUUACGACCUCUAUCGCUGACAGUCUCCCUCUGAGCGAAAGUGUCUUGAGGGGCAUUUCACAGCUCCUCAGCCCAGCGGGAAGGUUAAAAAUCACAGGAAAGAAUGUAGUUGACCUUGCUGUACAAUUUGGCAUCUGCUCCAAACCUGAGGAUUCUGCCAAGCUCACUGAUGAGUUCUUGGAGUACCAGCUUGUUGAGGAUGAAGAAGACUCAUCUUCAACCCUUUCUCUGGAGCAAUACUGGUGUGGUGUGCUCAAGACUUUUCCACCAGCAUCUAUUUUCAAGAGGCUUGUCCUCUGUCUUUUGGUUUUGCCCUGUCCUUCUCUUGAAGCAGAAAAGAUCUUUGCCCAGGCUGUUGAAAAUGGCGAUGCUCUUCAAUGGGACGAUAGUUCAGGUGAAAGUGACACUGAUAUAGUAAAGGAGCUGGAUUCCAAUGAUGACUCAUCCGUAGAGCAAACUGAAGUUAAAAUUUCACCCAUCAGAAAUGGGAUGAGGAAAAAAGCCAGAAGCAGCACGUCAGAGAUGGUUCAACACUCGAGCGCAGUGAAGCCGUGUGUGGUGCGACUGGAGAAGAUCACCAGUCAGAGAGAAAUGGACUUAAAGAAAGAUGGAGCCGACGAUGGCGUUGACGCAUUACAGGAGGGCUCUGUUAGAGGAAUAUUCGGUUGGGAGAGCAGCUUACGGCAGAAACCACUGGCACGCACAGUCUUUCAGGCCGGUGCUGGCACCUGGAGCAAACCAGUGACCCCAGACAAGUACAGCAAGCCAGAGGCGGUGAAGAACAAUGCUCGUUCUUCUGCAUCGAAUACAACACCGAGCCCCAGACCUGGAAAAAAAGAACAAGCAUACCAGGAUGGGAAAGGUUAUGCCAUUGGAGAGCUAGUGUGGGGAAAAGUGAAGGGCUUCUCUUGGUGGCCUGGACUGGUGGUGGCCUGGAAGGGCAGGACUCCUCCUGUGUCCAUGAGGCGCGUAGAGUGGUUUGGAGAUGGCAUGUUUUCAGAGAUACAUACAGAGGGACUUUUGCCCUUUUCUGCAUUUGCAAAGUGCUUCUGUAGUAAAUCCUAUGAAGGUCUACCUACAUACAAGAAUGCCAUCUACCAAAUCCUGGAGUUGGCAGGUGAGCGCUGUGGGAAAACUUUCCCUCCCCCAGAGAAGAAAGGGGAAGAAGUGAAAGCAAUGCUUGAUUGGGCAUUUGGAGGCUUCCAGCCCAUGGGUCCUGAUGGCUUUUUGCCUCUUAUAGACAGCUCUACCAGUAAUAAAACCGAGUCGGAUUCCUCUGUGUCUGAUUAUCAGCCUCCAGCCAAGAGGAAGUAUGUCUGCAAGAACAGACCAUCCAGACCAUCAACUCAGGUGUACACCAGAGAUCAAAUGGUCGAGGCGGUAACUGUUAAAGGCAGAAAUAUUGAAGAUUUCUGCCUGUCCUGUGGAACUGACAACGUUGAAAUUAUCCAUCCUCUCUUCAAAGGAAGCCUUUGUUUUAAGUGCAAGGAGAACUUUACAGAGACGCUGUACAGGUAUGAUGAGGAUGGCUAUCAGUCAUACUGCACUGUGUGCUGUGCUGGACAAGAGGUCAUUCUCUGUGGAAAUGCCAGCUGCUGCAGAUGUUUCUGUAAAGACUGUCUGAAUGUGUUGGUGGGACCGGGGACAUUCGAAAAGCUGAAGGAGGUUGACCCAUGGAGCUGUUACAUUUGCCUGCCCUCAAAGUGCUAUGGUGUGCUCAAGCUCAGGCCUGACUGGAGUGUUCGUGUCCAGGAGUAUUUCGCCAAUAACAGUGCCUUUGAAUUUGAGCCACACCGAGUGUAUCCUUCUAUUCCAGCUCAUCAGCGUCGUCCAAUCAGAGUCCUCUCCCUGUUUGAUGGGAUUGCAACAGGCUAUCUGGUUUUAAAAGACUUGGGCUUUAAGCUAGACCGCUACAUUGCCUCUGAGAUCUGUGAAGACUCCAUUGCGGUCGGGAUGAUCAAACAUGAGGGCUUGAUUGAAUAUGUGAAGGAUGUCCGGACCAUCACAAGGAAGCAUCUGGCGGAGUGGGGGCCAUUUGACCUCCUGAUCGGUGGAAGUCCGUGUAAUGACCUGUCCAUGGUGAAUCCAGCCAGAAAAGGUCUUUUUGAAGGCACAGGUCGGCUGUUCUUUGAAUAUUACCGCAUGUUAACCAUGAUGAGGCCAAAAGAGGAUGACGAUCGCCCAUUUUUCUGGCUCUUUGAGAAUGUGGUAGCGAUGAGUGCCCACGACAAGGCUGAUAUCUGCCGUUUCUUGGAAUGUAAUCCUGUGAUGAUUGAUGCUGUGAAAGUAAGCCCAGCCCACAGGGCCCGUUACUUCUGGGGAAAUUUACCUGGAAUGAACAGACCACUUGCUACUUCACUGACUGAUAAAGUAGAUCUUCAGGACUGCCUGGAGAUCGGACGAACUGCAAUGUUCAACAAAGUUCGCACAAUUACCACCAAGUCCAACUCGAUCAAACAAGGAAAGAUGGGACCUCUACCGGUCACCAUGAAUGGAAAAGAGGACUACCUUUGGUGCACUGAAAUGGAGAGAAUAUUUGGGUUCCCAAAGCAUUACACAGAUGUGAAUAAUAUGGGGCGGGCACAGAGACAGAAAGUCCUUGGGCGAUCCUGGAGUGUUCCCGUGAUCCGACACCUCUUUGCCCCUUUAAAGGAUUACUUUGCUUGCGAGUAAAGCCGUCCUCUGGCACCGGAAGGUCUAAAUCAAAUCUCUCAGAUAAAUGAAUUUGAUUUUUGUUUUUAAGGUUUCUGCAGAUACUGUCAUCACAGAAUAUUUUCAUUUUUAAUGUUGUUUUUAAAAAAAAAAAAAAAAUCUGUUAUUUUUUUAAAAAGUGUUUUAUCCUGAACAGUGAUCCUAGGAAUGCACAGACACUUUUGGAUCAUAUUUCGAACAUCAUAAGUACUGUCAUUUUUAACUUUUAAGUGCUUUUAAAAUGAUUUAAUGCUGAAGAGAGCCACACAAUUCUCCACCCACUACCUCAGUACCAUUCUGUGAUUGUUUCAUUGUCUGGAGGAAUGCCUAUUUAUAAUUUAAUGAAUAAAUUAAUAUUAGUUCUGUCUAGUUUAUCUAAAUCCGUCUUUAACAUGUCAGCUUUUUAUAUCACAUUUUUUAAUCAAAACUUUUCCUUGUUUAGGAAUAAACAUGUCCUGUUGUUAAACAUUUACAUAAUUUUUUCAUAAUGAUUGGAAGUGUCAUUCUACGGUGCUGUUUUUAUAAUGUAGAAUGUUUGGCCAUUGGACAACUGUACUAAGUCAACACUUAAAUGUUUUCCUAUUCAGUAUAAUUUAUUUAAUUGAAAAGAAUGUUCAUGCACACCAUAGAUCACUUUGAUUAUAGGAAUACAUAACCCAUACAUCAUGUUCACCAUGUAUUCAGAAGCACAAAUGUUGUCUUCGCAAUUCUAGUUUAGUGAAAGCCUUGGCCUGUUGAUAGGUUUGAGUUGAGAUGCCUUCUAAAGUUUUAGCUUUUUUCUCUCCUUGCUUUUUAAUGUUAACAAUUUGCCGUGUGAUCCAACUUUUUUAGGACUACUUUUUUGCCUUGAGCUAGCAUUUUAGACCAUACUAUCACAUCUUUUUACAAUAAACAGGUCAUCAACCCUUAGAAUUAAGGUUGCAACACUUGCAUUUUUACCCCAUUUGUUACCUGUAUGCACUUCUGAUUUAAAACUGUUGGCCUUGAGCUGAUGGUCUAAAACUGUGGUCACGUCAGCAUUGCUAGUGUUGUUUUUAGUAAGGGUUUAGCAUACCUCCAUCUAUGUGAGAGUUAGUCACUGCAUUAACUGUGAGGCCUUUUUGUUGAACACGAUGCAAUGUGAGCAAGGGCUUAAAUAUUAAGUGCCUAAGUGGAUAGGCUCUAUGUUUUUGUAGGACAAAUGUUUAAAUGAUUUUAACUGGCAUGACUUCAGAUUGCAUAAAAGGGAAUAAUUCUGGCUUUGCAUUUGUCUAGUGCAAGUGUCUAAAUUAUAUCUAACCAUUGAAAAGUCUCAGAAUACAUUUUGCUUUCCAUUGUGGUCAUUGAAAACUGUCGGUGUGAAAUGAGGUGCUUCAGAAUGUGUCUAAAUUGUUUUAUUUCUAGUUGUUAAUCAUGUGUUUUCAGCAUUAUGCAGAUAGUUGUGUUUGUGGUUCUGACCUUGUCACUGGUCAAAGCUGAUCUUUAGUUUUUGACCAUUUUUUAAAACAUGAUACCAACUGACUGAAACUUGCUAUUGAUUAAAUUUGAGUACGGCAUGGGCCAGCUUGAGGUGUAUGUGUGAGCUUUGGGUGAAAGAUCAGUAACUGGAUUACAUGUCUUGAUUCAUUUUGGAUGUCUACUACUUGUAGCAAAGCUUUAGAAAAUCACAGUAAGAAUUGUGUUGUGUUCUAUGUAAUUGUUGUGAAAUGACGGUCUUUGUGUAGUUUUGAGGUGCAGUAUUGUCUCGUUAGAAAUAACUCCCUCAGGUCUUCUCAACACCAGCAGGCCUCAUAGGACCUCAUAGGAUGAUCUUUAAUGUAACACUGAUUAUUUUUAUUCAAUACUUUGUGAACAGAAUAUACUAUAUAUUUGUAUCCUUGAAAUUGCCCUUAAUACCUCUUUUUUUUUUUCUUUUUUUUUUUUGAAUGGGUAUUUCAAAACCCAUGUCUUCUGGUGCUAAAUGAAAUGCUAAUUUUGUCUGUAGAUCUAGGAUGUUUUUCUCAACUGAUGAUUGACAAGACAGGUUUUGUUUAAAUAGCUUUUGAUAUUUGCUGUAGUCUGCUUGCCUAACUUUAAUAUUCCAUGCUUGUACUAACAUCAGUGAUGAAAAAUAAAUUUCACCAACCCUUUG